GCCCUUUCAGGGUUCUGGUCUCGGGGACCAGGCUGCUUUCAGGCAGCAGGGGGGCAGCGUGUCUGCCCCUGUUCAACCUUGUAAGGAUGAUUCCUCCAAAAAAAAAAAAACUGGCGCCUGUGGCGCUCACGGGGCCGGGCACGCGCAACACUGUCUCCGCAGCCGCUGCAGCCAUGUACAGCAGCACCAGCCCCACCGGCCUGUUCCGCGUGCAGCCGGUCUGUACGGCGUCGCAGCAGCAGCUUCUGGCGGCCAUUGACCGCAAGGUUCCGGCGGAUCUGCAGGCCGCCGCAGAGGGGUCCGGUGACGGCGCCCUCAGUGAUGCAGAGCUGAUGGCAGCGCUGGCUGGCUCCGCCAAUGGUAAAGCGCCUGGGUCGGACGGGGUCCCGUACGAGGUGUACAAGGUUUUCUGGGCGCUGCUGGGUCCGCGCUUGUGUGCUGCUGCUGCCGCUGCCUAGAAAAAAAAAAUAGAAUGCUGCGCUACCGCUUGUCUCACUAUGCUGGCUAAUUAGCCAGCACAACACUCACAGACUGGCACCGAUAGGGCCAAGUCCGGCUGACAGCGUGGCAGAGCCAUGCCCUACGAUCCCUAGCCAAAUUAAAAAGCUUGGGAGAAUAGGUGCAGGCUCCGAAGCGGCAGACUGCCCAAGGAUUGCGGAGACACGACCGGUAGCGA